ACGCGCAAAAUCUGGAGCGCAGCGCGUGGACAUUGUCUUGUCCACCGCAUGGGUGCAUAUCAGAAACGGAAAGGCACAACACCACGUGUGACAGCGAAAGACAGGGUUGACAGCAUGAUCAUGAACCGUGAAACUUUCCAGAACGUGGUGCAACCCAACAUGCCUUUGAGGAGGCCGUCAACCAGCCCAGCAGGUGCCGCUGCAACCCCAAGGGCCCCUGGCCCAACACCAGACCGGCCUCUAGCGAGCUCCAACGGGGAUGCCGAGGCCAGCCGAAAAGAAACCACUGUACUCACAACCGGCUCUAUGAAAACAGCCUCUAUGCCCCCAUUCACUGUUAAGUUGUGCAACUACUGCAGUCAGCAAGGUAACCUUCGCUGCACGCGCUGCAAGAAGACCUGCUACUGCUCAGUGGCUUGCCAGUCAGAGGACUGGAAUGCACACAGGCACAUGUGCAAGCCCAGUACCGCGGAUACUCCCACAAGUGAUAAGCCAAAGGAAACCCCAGCUUCACCGAUGGGACAUGGGCAGAACCCGUCAGACUCCAAGGUGAACAACGGUGAUGUGACUUGCUCCCAGCGAGUGUACCUGCGGGACCUCCGUAAGAAUGACAUCACCAAAGGAAUGGAAAUUCAGGUGUCUGUGGUGGAGCUGCAUAGCCCUGGUAGGUUUUUCAUUCACGUCCAAAGCCCAAAGCUGGUUGAGGCUCUGAGAGCCAUUACUGUGGAACUGCAGAAGACCAACUGCGGCUCGCUAGGGACAGACUACAAGCCCGACACCGGAGAGGUCUGUGCCGUCAAAUACUCCUUGGAUCAGAACUGGUACAGAGGUGUUGUCCAGUCUGUAGCUGCAGAUGAUGGAAAUGCUAAAGUUCUCUACAUUGACUUUGGAAACGAAGAAGACGUGACACUGGAUCGGAUCAAGCCCCUCGCUGCCAGCAUUGAACCCAUUCCACCAUGUGCUUUGGAGUGCAGCGUCGCCGGGAUAACACCGGUGACUGACAGCUGGAUGGGGGUGUGUUGCAUGGCUGUGAGACAGCUGGUGGCUGGAAAGAGCCUGACACUCACUGUGGUGGACACACAGGAGAAUGACCGCACCUACGCAGUGGACAUCCUGCUGACUCCUAUCGGUACUGUAUCACAGGAAGGCUAUGGAAAACAGCUGAGCACCUUCCUCAUGGACCAAGGUUACGCUGUGAGGGAGGACGUCAAUAAGAAGCGCGCAGAACAGGACGUUGACUCCCUGGUGAGUGCGUCCUUGGAAAACUUCCGCCGCCAGUCGGUGGGUAAGAACGAGAACAUGGAGGCACAGCCACCUGACCCUCUGACCCAGGGACUGGGAGACACCUUCGCUGCCAUGGUGACGCACCUGCAGUCACCUUACGACAUCAUCUGUCAGAAACUGGACAACGCCAGUGUGAUCCAGGAGCUGCAUCUGAAACUGAGGGACCACUGCUCUCAGGCCCCAGCCAGCCAAAACUUCAGACCUGCCCCUGGCACAGUGUGCUGCUCCCUAUUCUAUGAGGACAACCAGUGGUACAGGGCCAAAGUGCUGGCCUACUCCUCUGAAGAGAAGGUGUGUGUAGGCUACAUUGACUUUGGCAACUCAGAGGAGGUGGAGCUGAGUCGCCUGUGUUCCAUCAGCUCUGAACUCCUAGCCCUGCCAAUGCAGGCCAUCCCUUGUGCCCUGGCAGGAGUGCGUCCCACAGCAGAGGCCUGGUCAGAGGAGACUGUGCUGAUGCUUAGGCGGAUGGUGUGCAACCGAUUCCUGCGGGUAGAGAUCCUGGGUGAGCGGGAGGGUAUGGCGCUGGUGGCCAUGAUCGACGAGGCCAGCGACCCCCAGGGCAAUGUGGCUGAGAUGCUGGUCACCACAGGUUAUGCCUUGCCUUCCAACCAUCAGGACGAAGAGCCCACCACGAAGGGGCAGGCUGAAGUAGCCUGGACAGAAUCAUCUCAUGUGGCCAAGCCUGCUGUGGCAGAGAAGCUACAGUGGACAUGUGCUGAGCUUCCUACUGAGGGCCAGAUGGUGGCACUGGUGGUCAGUGUGAUGGAGAAUCCUGGAGAGUUCUACUGCUACAAAUAUAACCAAGAAGACCUGCAGGUUCUAGCGGAGCUGAGGGCUGAGCUGAAGCGGCACUGUGAGGCAGACAUCACCCCUUUCAGUCCUAGUGUGGGUGAGCCCUGCUGCGCCCUGUUCUCUGGUGAUGGGGCAUGGUACCGUGGUAUGGUGCAGGGUGUGUGGGCUGGCAGUAAAGCCCGGGUGUAUUUUGUGGACUAUGGCAACACCAGUGAUGUAGAACCAGCCCACCUCAGAGCGAUCACACCCGAGCUCCUCAAACACCACUUCCUGGCUAUCCGCUGCUGGCUAGCAGGUGUUGAGCCUCUGAGCCCCCAGUGGAGUGCUGAGUCUAUAGGCCGCUUCCAGGCCCUGUGUGUGGGCCAGCAGCUCCAUGCACGUGUCCUCUUCAUCACAGAGCGAGGCUACGGACUUGAACUGGACAGCAGUGGUCAAAACGUGGCCACCACACUGCUCUCAGAACAGCUGGCCAAAGCCCCUGGACAGAGCCAGGCCCAUGCUAAAUCCGAUCCCACUGUCCCUAAAAUCCCCCAGCAGAAGCCUGCCAUUCAGAGAGACACCACCACUAGUGUGGGACCACCCAAACCCGCAGCCACCAAUGAAAAUGAGCCGCCCACUGAGAAGCAGGUCAAGAAAAACAAUCAGAGCAAGGCUAGUGCUCGGCAGCCGGCAAAAGUGUCCAUCCCAUUUGGGUCCGAUGGAACUGCAUCUGCAGACAAAUUCCCUCUGGACUGGAGGACGGUGGAGCUGCCUCGCAAUGAGACCUUCCAGCCUUGCAUAGCAGCCGUUGUCAGCCCCAGUCUAUUCUACCUUUUCAACCCCAGCCACGUGUAUGUGGAGAGACUGCAGAGUGUGAUGAUGGACUUGGCUGUAUACUGCACCACCAAGGCCUUGCCUAGUCAGUGCAAACCCAUGCCAGGAGCUGCAUGCUGUGCCCAGUUUUCGGGUGAUAAGAAUUGGUACAGAGCCGUGUUCUUGGAGACCACAGAGACGGAGGCCAGUGUGAUCUAUGCAGACUACGGCAACUCCGAGAAGCUCCCCUUCGCCAGCAUUCUGCCCAUCCCCACAGAGUUCCUGGAGCUCCCUUUCCAGAUUGCCCGCUGUGCCCUCACAGGUAAGGAGCACUUCCCGUCAGUGUGGCCCGUAGAGGUCCUGGAGCUUUUCAGUGCCCUGCUGAGUGAUGGAGUGCUGGCCUCUGUCCAGGACUUCGAUGGCAACUCCAACCUGCUGUCAGUCACCCUGCAAAUAGAGCGAGGCGGGGGCCACCUCAACACUAUGAUCCUAGAGGGGCUGCAGAGCACACACACCGGCAGUGCCAAGACCUCCACUCCCAGACAGGAGCCAUUCCAGACCAAGAUCCCCAUCAUCGCCACUGCUCCAGUCACGCCGGCCACAGCUCCAGUACGCCGGCCACAGCUCCAGUCACGCCGGCCACAGCUCCAGUCACGCCGGCCACUGCUCCAGUCACGCGCGGCCACUGCUCCAGUCACGCCGGCCACUGCUCCAGUCACGCGCGGCCACUGCUCCAGUCACGCCGGCCACUGCUCCAGUCACGCCGGCCACUGCUCCAGUCACGCCGGCCACUGCUCCAGUCACGCCGGCCACAGCGGCUCCAGUCACGCCGGCCACAGCUCAGUCACGCCGGCCACUGCUCCAGUCACGCCGGCCACAGCUCCAGUAACUGUUUCAGAUUAUGCUGCACCGAAGAAUACCGAYCCCAAGGAACCACAGAGCCUAACUUGCUCAAAGAGUGUGAAUGAUGAUGCCUCUCCAUGCUGCUGCCGGGACUUGGUGCAAAAGAUUGACCAACUGGAAGAGCACAUUCUGUUCCUCGUGAAGCAAAUAGGUGGAUGGUCAAAGUGACUGCCAUACACAACUCUAUGUUCUAGGAAUAUUCAUGAAUACAUGUAGGUAUUCAGGUUAGGUGAUUUAUGCUUUGCCGUUCAGUUGGGAUGUUCCCUCAAGGGUUUUUGGUGGGUGAAUGUUGCAUCUUGUCUGUGAAAAGUAUUUACAUUAUGGAUAUAAUAUGUUGGAACAGCUCUCUUGAUCAGGACUUUGUUUUAAACUUUGGUUUAAAAUUGCUAAUCUAAUUGUUUUAGGUAUUGUUUAACUGAAAUGUAAUCAUAUUUUACACMUUCAUCAUAAACUAUAUCAUAAUUGUACUUUACAGAAGUAAGCCAUCUUGGAAAUGUUAUUGUUUUGGGACCAUGUGGUCAACGCAUCAGUAAUGUUAGGUAUCAUAGUCUUCUUUUCAAUAUACUGUAUCCAGAAUCCAGCUUUGAAUUCAGAUUCAAGCUUUAAGGUUGUUCCCAUUGCUCAAGUCACAGCAACAUUACAUGAUUAUGUGCCUGCCUUCUCGUUUWGUGUUCCACCAUCUGUUGAAGAGGCAUGGUUUCUCAUUUACUUGUUUUAAUUAAAGUUCAGUUUGGGAUAUGGAAUGGCUUUGUGACAUUAACUGAAAGCAUUUACUGGAGCGGAUUUCUUGAUGGAUAACCAAACAGCCGGGGCACAGACUACAUGCCGAUUAGCUAUGUGUUUUAGUGCUUGAUCUAAGAUAAGACAACAUUAUUUAUUUUCCUGUGUGUGAAAUAACUUCGCUAGAUAUUUGGGCCCUCAUUUGCUCCUGGUAGAUCUCACUUUUUGUCAAAUUAUCAAUGUUAAUUUUAUGAGUUGAAGACCUUUAAAGGAGAAUGUUGCUAUUUUUCAACCUACUCUGUAUUUUUMAUGUUAAUGGCAUGUUAUAAAAGGGUGAAGAUGC